UGUAUUGCAGCACUCAACAAAUUCAUUGUGCCGUUAGCUGAUACAGAAGUGGUGGAGAAGGACGAUGUUGUCCUGCACUGCGAAACAAAAGACACGAAAACACCUGGAGUAUGGACGAAAAAUGGAAAAACAAUAACAUCAAUGCCUGGUGGUAAAUUUGAGACUACAUCUAGGCAAGGCGCACACACAUUGAAAAUUUCGAAGAUUGAGCUCUCAGAAGGUGACACGUACGAAAUCAAUGUUGGCGGUCUUGAAGGCUCAUGCGUUGUCACGGUGCUUGAAGCAGAGAAGAAGCCAGUCAUCAGCUGGAAACCGAAGAAGGUUGCAAUGGAAGCCGGUAAGCCGGAGGUGAUCAAAGUUCCCUUUUCAAUCAAGGGAACCCGUAGAGGUGAUCCCAAACCAGUUUUGCUACGAGACGGCAAACCGGUUGAUAUGGAAAAGUUAAAAAAUCUUGUUGAAGUUGUUAUAAACGGAGAUGUGGCCGAAAUCAAAUUCAAAGUAUGUUUUUCAUAA